AUGAUUAUUGCAGAUCUAGACAGAAUAUCUAUCAGCUCGGAGACAAGGCCAAGACAGCAGCAUAUAGAGGAAGCAAGAAAAAUAGUGAAAGCAAACUCGAAAUACAGGGGAGAUCCUGGAUAUAAGCACUUCCUUGACGAGACAGUCAAAGGUCUUUGCAAAGGAUGUAGCAACGAAGACAUUUUCCAUGUGAUCCGAUCUUUGCAGAGGAUGAUAAGGCCUAAAGCUAGGAUCCUUGGAGAGGAUUUGUAUUACAGAAAAUAA